AUGAAUAGUAGUAAUAAUAAUAACAAUAAUGGCAACCAUGAUCAAAAAACCUCAGAAUUAUUUUAUCAAGUUUUUCAUAAUAAAUAUUUAUUUAAUAAAAUAUUUCAUUUCAUACAUUCAGUUGAUUUAAUUAAAUAUAAGAGUAUAAACAAUCAUGAUAAUAGAAUCAUUUUUAGAAAUAUAACAUCAUUAAAAUUCCUAUUAAACAAAAAACUAUAUCAUUUAUUAAAAUGCAAGUUAGAAGCUGGUGAAUAUAUCCAGGUAGAUGAUCCAUGGGAAUUAACAAAAUCUAUGUCAUUAAUGAUCAGUAAUGACAAAGAUUUAGCACAAGAAAUAUUCAAAUUACUAUUACAAUCAACAUCCGUUGGAAAUAUAUGCCACUUGAUGGACUAUAUCCCCAGAUACCUAGAUGUGUUUGAUGAAGAUUUUAUUCAAAAUACACUUAAUGAAACAAUCCCUCUUCUAGUACUUCCAUCAAUGUUAUGUAGUUUCUUUCAAUAUUCAACAAAUUCAAAAAUUAAAUUACUAUUAGAUUCAUUUUAUAAUAUAAAUAAAAAUAACAAUAGCAACAACUACAACAAUUAUAAUAAUCAAAACAAAACACUCGAAAUUAAUAAUAACAUUUUAAAUUCAACAACAAAUAACAAAAGCAUUAAUCAUGAUAAUGAUAAAAAUAUGAUACAAACAACUUUUACAUCCCCAAAUGAAUAUAAAAAUGAAAUAAUUAAAGAUAUAUAUGAAUUCUGUAAAGAUGUAUUCCAACGUGAUAGAGUAUUACAACUAGUUUUAAGCAAUAAAGAAUAUUAUAAUAUACAUAAUAAUAAUAAAAUCGAUAUUAUAGAUAUAGUAUUCAACACAAUAUCAAUAGAGAAUCAAAAUCAAUUAUUAGAUAUGAAACUAUAUUGUUUACAUGAUUAUGUUAACCAAAAUGACAAAAACGAAAUAGAUAAUAUAAUUAAUAAUAAUAAAGAUAUCAAUAGAAUAAUAAAACUAUCAGAGUAUAUUAGAAAAUAUUUAGAAAUUCUAUUUCCAUCUUAUAAUGAAGGAGAAUAUUACUUUUUAAAACAAUCUCCAUUCAAUUUUUUUUUCGAUAGAAACAUAUCAUACCAAUUAGAGGAUUUAAAACUAAUUUUACAAAAUAAUACAAAUAAUUGGAAAAAAAUCAAUGAUCAUAAUCGUUCGCCAUCAACAUAUAAAAUAGAAAUAGAAAUAAUCAAAUUUUAUUUCGAAAAUGAAAAACAUCUAAAAUUUAUCAAAUCCGACAUUUGGGAAAAAAUAAUAGGGGAUAAGUUUUAUAUUUAUUCCUACAAAAUUGAUAAAAAGUUCUGCCAACUAAUUGAAUCAAUACAACCGCGUAAAUAUGAAAUUUAUUUAAUAUGGAAAGAAAUAGUUAGAAGAACAAAAACAACAUUUCCAAAUGAUAUAUUUACAGACUCUAUUUAUGAUAGGGAAAAUAAAAAAUCACCGGGAACAACAACAACAUUACUUGUAGUCAAAGAUCAACAUACAGUCGAUUUAAUUUCUCAAAUGUUGGAGGUGUAUAAACAAACAAUUCAGGACUAUAAAUUCAUUAGUGGAUAUCCUCUACCUAAAAUAAAUGAAAACACCUUCAAAUUCAAAAACGUAGAAAUAUUAAAAUAUUCAAAUAAAAAAAUCUUUACAUUAGCUAAUACAAAUGUUUUCCAAAUACAACUAAAGAAUAUCAUAGAAGCUAACCUCAUAGACGAUACUCUUUUGGAACUACCUCUCAAAAAUGCCAUGGAAACAUUUAAUUUAAAAGAAUUAAAAUCAAUCUUUGGACUUACAGAAGACAAUAGUUUAUCACUACUAUUCUAUUCAUACAAGAAACCAAAUCGACCACUAUCAUAUCAAGAUAUUACACAACUCACUGAAACCAUGGAAUAUUUUAUCAAAAUCAAUUGUCCUCAAGGUGUUUAUUAUUGUUUAGAUCUAAUGCCAGAAGGUGAUUAUGAACACACUGAAAAAGAUAACCGUUUAACCUGUCUAUUUAAUAGUUGUGAAGUCUUAACCACCGUAUUCGCAAUAUCAAUCAAACUAUUAUCAGUACACAUCAUCAAACUAUUAAUCAACAAAUAUCAUUACAAUGCAGAUGUUGAAAACAAAUUACCAAAUUAUAUCAGUAGCUUUAUAAAUGUUGAAAACCUCAAAUCGAAUAGAAAUCCUCCUAUUCCUUUGUCUUUAUAUAGUAACCUUGAUGGUAAAGUUGAUUUUCAAACACAAAUAUAUGAUAAUAUUAAUAUUGAUGAUGUAAUAUCAAUCAUUCAUUUAAUAAUUAAUAAAUCUAAACAACUACAAAACAAAAUGCAAAAUCAAACCCAACUGCAAUCAAUAUCAAAUAUCGAUUAUGAAAAUUAUAUUUUUACUUCAACACCCAAAGUCCAUAUUUAUCAAGGUGAAGCUCUUAAAAUUGUUAUCAACAUAUUAUUCAAAAUAUUAAUUCAAAGUAAAGGUGAAGUACCACUUGAAAAGAUCAAAUCAACUUAUCAAUUCAUAAACAAAUCUGGUGUAACUACAGUUCAACAAUCAACAUUAUUUUCAAUUUACUAUCUUGCAAAUAAAUCAUUAACACUCAUCAAAUAUUUACUUGGUUUACCAAUCUUUCGCAAUGUUAGAGACUGUUUGAGUUAUAACUGGGAUGGUACUAUUUUUUACGGUAAAGCUCGUAAUACAGAGGGAAAUAUAAUUUUUAAUUUAAAUGAUUAUAUAGAUCCAGAAGUAUUUUCAUUCGAAUAUAUAUUUGGUAAUAAUAGUUGUCUUUGUUGUGACAAUGGUGCAUCAUGUAUUGAUAUUAUCGAAAAACUUCAUCAAAAUAUUUUAAACAAGAUACUCACAACCUUCAAAGAAUCACCUCCUUUCAAAACAAUCACUGACACUUAUAUUCAAACUAUAAAAACCUUGUUCUUCUUUCAAAGAUAUGAUUUAUUUUUAAAAUAUUUAGAGGAAUUGGAACUCAUAUACAACAAUUCAGAUGAUAAUAUCAUAAAAAGAUAUCGUUUUAUUAUCAUCUCAAACAUUAUUCAAACUGGUGACCACACCUUAAUCUCCACAGUAUUAAAUGAAUACAGCGAAUAUUGCGUUCUUUCAACUUUAGGAAUCUGCGAUUUAUUAAUAUAUAAUGUCGAAAAUAACACCAAUAUUGGCCAAUCUUUAAUAAAAAACGAAAUUAUUAUUAAUGAAAAGGAUUUUCAUCCAGAUACAGUAUUUGCUCUUCACCAUUUAAUAUUUGACGAUAAAAGCAAAUUUAAAUUCUCAUUUAACAUCGAACCAUACCAAAUACCAUUCAAACUAUAUCAAUUCCUCCUCAACACCUAUCCAAAUAAUACUCUAUUAAAACCAUCAAAAACAAUAAUUGAUGAUGCUAUAAAAAGAGAUAAUAUUGUCUUCCUAAAACAACUCUAUCAAAAUAAUCUUAUCAAUGAUGACAUCGAUAACACCAACAAUGAAUAUAAUCAACUACUAUCCCAUUUAAAACAAAAACUAUCAGAACAUAGAAAAUAUAAAUAUAUUAACUGGCUUAAUUAA